CCGCAGCCGCCGUAGGUCGCGCCCCGUCCGACUUCGCCCCGACGCGUAGGAGCGGCGCUUAACAUUCCUUGAAGAUUCGCCAUUCGCGCAUGACACAUCCUAUGACGCUGUUAUGAUACACGUACCUCAAUAUUCGAAUGCUAACGUAUCGAACUUGGGGCGUAGAAAUGUCAGAAUUAAGAAAUCGGUAUUUUUAUGUCAUUGCAUCUGAGUGAGGUUUUUGGAAUAUCAAUAUUUUCCAAACGAUAAAUUAUCCGCAUUCCUUUAUCCGCAGUCCUUUAUCCUUCUUUCCACGAUGUUUUAGUUGCAUUCAUUCAAAAUACCUUUUUUCCUCCUAGUCUCAAAACUUGAAUUGGGCGGUAUAGUUAAUGUAAGGACUUACAGUUGCGCCAACAUAAAAAAUUGAAUAUUUUCUUCCAACAUUGCAUUGUUUGAGCGACAGAAAAAUUAAGUUACGAUUUGUUUUGAGGUUGCAUCGCGCGCGACACUGUAGCCCUCUGGUGUUAGGUUCCCGACGUGUGAGGCGAGGCAGCAUUUUUGUUCACGUGAAAAUCCUAACAUGGAUGAAGAGUGGGACGCAGAGGGCAAGGAGUUACCCACUCCAGCAGCUGUAGGUGCGAAUAAAUGGGAAGGCGAGGAUGAAGAAGAAGAAGUGAAGGUUCGUGGCAGCAUGGAAAGCUGGGAGGAUGAGGAAGAGGAGGAGGAAAAAAAAGAUGUUGAAAAACAGGAGCCUCCAAAAGCAACUCAGUUGAAGAAACCAAAAAAAAUUAGAGCAGAAAAGAUUGAGGAAAAAGAGCGCAAAUUGCAAGAAGAAUUAGAAAGGAAAGCAAAAUUAAGAGAGCAGAUGACACCAGCAGAACUCCAGGCUGAAAAACUCCGUCAACAGCAGUUACAAGAGGAAGCAGAUUUGCGUGUUGCCAUGGAAACAUUUGGUACCGCAGAAAGUAGUGGAACUGGAAUUGAUGGAAUGAAUCCCACAACAGAGGAAGAAUUUGAAGAACUCCAGAAAGCUCUUUCCAAAAAGAUUAACCUUUAUAACAAGUCAACACAUUUCCCCUUAUUUGCAGAGGAACUUAUUCGGAAUAUAUGUGUGAGCCUGACAUCUAAUGAUUUAAAGAAACUUAAAACAACAGUUGAAAAUAUGUUCCUAGAAAAAAGUAAAUUAGAAAAAGGUGACAAAGCAAAGAAGAAUAAAGGCAAAGGAAAAGUUAAGUUGCGAGUGGAAGGAGAAAAUGUGACCUCUGCUACUUUGGUCAAUGACUAUUACAAUGAAUAUGAUGAUUUUGAUGACUUCAUGUAGUGACCAGUUACGUGUGGAUGCCAAGAAAUGCACCAUCUGAUUAACUGUGAACGUUGGACAUUGUUUCUUAUACUCUUGGUGGAGCGAGGGUUGGGCCAUUGUGCUGGUAUCUAACAAAUUGGUUUUAACAUGGAAACCCCCAAGCUUGAGUUUUCUUGUUUUCAAUCAGUGCUUAGUGACUGCAAGGUCAUUCUGCAUCCAAACUGGGCAACUGUUGAAGCUUGGUUCUGUGGAAGAAUGCUCCUGCCAGUGAUUCUGUUGGACUUGAAUAGUUAUGUUGUGUGUUUUCUGACAUUUAUUGCCCCCCAAAAAUGUAUGGCUGGCUCCACAGACUGUUAACAUGUUUUGGUUUUAAUGCUAGUGUGACUGCCACAAAAUGACAUUGUACUAACUAAAUUACAUGCAUAUGUAUAUAUGCAGAAACUUUCUCCUCUUGGUUUAUCAAGGCAGAUGUGUUCAAAUUGUUAUAUUGUUCAUCAGUAGUCUUCCCUGAGACUUACCUGAGCAAGAAGUCUGUAUAGUUGCCAUCUGCCCAUCUGUUAGUCACACAAGCUCUGUCUGAUUUUUCAAUUACGAUAGCAUGAGUAGACUAACUUGUGUUCAGUUAUAUACUUGUUGCAUAUUCUAAUUCCCGGUCUUGUGCUGUUUAUCUAAUAGAUGUUCAGUACAUGUGCUGAUCUUCUAUCACUGCUGUGCAUGUGAUAAAAGAGCAGUACUUGUAUCUAUAUGUACACAUACAUGUGGUUAUGUGGAUGAAUAAAACAAUGGAUUCUGUUGAAAGCACCUGUCAUGAAAUGUACCAGUGCUGAUCCAAGAUUAAUUACCACCCUUUGUCCCAUUCCUCCUACCUAUACUCAUUGAUAUCUUUAUGAAUUAACAGCAAUGCCAUAACUUCAAACUCUCUUUAUUUUCAAUCUUUAUUAUGUUCUGUCCAAAAACAUUGACCUUCAAUCUGGAGUACUAGAGAUUUCCCAUUAUUCUUUAUGUAAAAUAACUUUCUACUAUGAUUUUAGAAUUUUGUAAUUUUCAAGUCUGUACUUAAAGAGAAUGCUUAUGGCUACUGCAAAUGUAUGCCUAGCAAAGAAUAAACAUUAUUUUUGUAUGGGUGAAUUAUUGCAUGAAGAGGGGCAGCUCAUUGUUCCCGUUGUCAUUUAACUUCAAUUCGCCACAUGCUAAUACACUCCCUUUUGCCCAAAAAUUUAUUCCUUCCUAUUUUAUUGACUAUGAUAUGGUGUUUUUAUGCUUAACUACAGCAAAAAUUACUGGUAAAUGAAAAAAGUAACCUUAAAAAGAUAUGACAAGGGUCAGAGCUGCGUACCUGAAGUAUUCCACAGAUAAUUGAAUAUUAUAAAAUGUGCCUUUGACAAUUGAAUGUCACCAGCCAACUUUUCUGCACAAUGAUGCCUGCUUAUGGCUUCCACUAUGACUGAUAAGAGAGUUGUGAAUUUGUAAAGGGAGCUUC